UAUUAAGUAUGUGAAGCUUUUAAUUCGACAACGUCUGAUGUUUGCUAUUUUAGUAUUAGCCAUUAUAUCUGAAGUUUGCACCAUAACGUUUUUAUUGAUUGAUCCGUAUGGUCUUUUGAAGAGAAUGCCAGAAAUAAUCUUAAGUUUCCUCUGGAAGAUCCCAGACACUAUAAUGCUAUGGAAUUUUUUCUUACUUCAUUACUUUUUAUCAAAACAAACUCGAUUACACAUCGGUACGCCGAAAAUAAAGAAUUUUAAUUUGUUGUUGGUGUGUUGUAUAGUCGAGUCAGUGCUUCUAGCAAUACGUAUAAUCUUGACAUGCUUUCAAAUUACUACUUUUCCGCUCCCAGUUAUCAACGACGGAAUCGUUACCAUUUUUGCUUUUCUGUUACUGUCUGUUUUUAUAUAUGGAGCACCACAACUAUCGCAAUACAUAAGGGAAACAAAGAGAGCAAGCAAAAGUUUUAAUGAAUUUAGCUCAUACAGGAAAAGAGAGUUCAAAAUUUCUCAGUCAUUCGAUUGUAACCAGAAACGGCUGCAAUUUCCAAAGAUAAGGAAAUCCGAAAGUUCUUUUAGGAAGAUAUCGCUAACAAGUUUUUCCGACUCCUCUGUGAUUGAAGGAAAAGUACAAGUCGAAAAACAUCAGGCAAUAUUUUCAAAGGUGAUAAAACGUCCCUGCAAUUUAAUUAUAAAGCCAAAUAGUUUCACCGAUGACAUACUAAACUUCGGAGGAAAUUCACAAAGUAAGGAGGUGAAAAAGGAAGAUUUUAUACCCGAUAUUACAAAAGAUAAACUAAUAAAUCCAAAUACUGCAACGGACUCUGUGUAUAAAGAAGGACCUCAAGAACAAUGUUACUCUGCUAAAUUUCUUGUUCUCGACAAUGAAUUAAUACCCAACGACUUCAAUGACGUAAGACAAGAAAAUUCAAAAUCUACUUCAAAUGAGCAAGGGUACUUAGCUGAUGGUGAAUGUCACAGCCAUAUGUCUGAAAAUAGUUCAGACUCUAGGAGCAAAUCAUUUGAUAGUCAGCAAACAACGGAAGCGAAUCGUAAAAAUCAAGCAGGAUUUCCGGUGUCGAUUUCAUUUUUAAGUUUAUACAGAGUACGACAAUUUAAAAUGUUACAACGAAUGUUAAAAGUAUGUUAUAUCCAAACAUUUUCUUUGGGAAUUUUAAUCAUUUGUAAGCUUUACAUUAUCUUUAGUGAAUACGGAGGAAUAUUUUACACCAGACGUUUGAAACCUGUAACAUGGCUUGUGUUCCAGUCCUUAUACAGAACUGUGGAGUUUACAAUAAGCCUUGUUUAUACAACAGCAGUUCAUGUGUAUACGUCAUCAAAACCGUCUGGUCAAACGAGGAAAAGAAAAUAACAGCUAUCUUCAAUGUUGCAUAUCAACUUUCAUGUGCACACGUCAUCGAAACAUGUUGGUCGGAUGAGGAUCAGAAAAUAACACCUACCGCCGAUGUUGAAUAUUAAUUUUCUUGUAUGAACUUGUUCUUAUUGUCUAAAAUCUAGACUUUUUAAUUUGAAUACAACAAGCAGCUUAUUUGCAAAUUAUC